GUCCUAAGGCCAACACAUCAGAGCGCAGAGCCGCCAUGUCUGCAGGGCAGCAGUUCAUCAAAGACAAGGGCUACAGCCAUAAGACACAGAUCCAAGUGCUUCCUGCAGGAGCUGAGACCACGUUGUUCAAGCAGUUCUUCAGUGACUGGAAAGACAGGGAGCAGACGACAGGACCCAGUAAGGCCUACACCAUCGGCCGCAUAGCUAAAGUGGAACAAGUCCCCUUUGAUGCCUCCACCCUCCACUCAAACAACGCCAUGGCAGCUCAGCAUGGCAUGGUGGACAACGGCAAGGGCAAGAUCCAGAUCUGGAGAGUUGAGAACGGUGACAGGGUGCCUGUGGAUCCUGCGAGCUACGGUCAAUUUUUCGGUGGAGACUGUUACCUCAUCCUGUACAGCUACGGACAAGGAGGCCGGGAGCAGCACAUCAUUUACACCUGGCAGGGACUGAAGUGCACCCAGGACGAACUGGCAGCUUCAGCGUUCCUCACAGUGAAGCUGGAUGACUCAAUGGGAGGAGCCCCAGUUCAGGUGAGAGUGACUCAGGGUCAGGAGCCCCCGCACCUGAUGAGCAUCUUCCAGGGCAAACCCAUGAUCAUUCACAGCGGAGGCACCUCCCGCAAAGAUGGUCAGUCCCGGCCUGGCAGCGUCCGCCUCUUCCACAUUCGUCAGAGUUCUUCUGGUGCCACCCGGGCCGUGGAGGUCCAGGCCUGUGCCUCCAACUUGAACACCAACGAUGUGUUUGUGCUGAAAAGCCCGAGCGGCCUGUUUGUGUGGCGGGGAGUGGGCGCCAGUGGCGAGGAGAUGGAGGCCUCGAAGCACGUCGUGGGGUUUCUGGGUGGCAGUCCGACUCACGUGUCGGAGGGCAAGGAGCCAGGUAAUUUCUGGGAUGCUUUGGGCGGCAAGAAGGAGUACCAGACCUCCAAGAGUCUGCAGAGCACGGCCAGACCCCCACGUCUUUUUGGCUGCUCCAACAAAACAGGAAGACUUAUUGUUGAAGAGGUGCCAGGAGACUUCACACAGUCAGACCUGGCUACUGAUGAUGUCAUGAUCCUGGAUACCUGGGACCAGCUUUUCCUUUGGGUGGGCAACGAGGCUAACGCCGAGGAAAAGAACGGAGCUCCCAAAAUAGCAAAAGACUACGUGGACUCAGACCCCUCGGGCCGCAGAGGUCUGCCCAUCACUACCAUCAAACAAGGAGCAGAGCCCCCAACUUUUACUGGCUGGUUCCAGGCUUGGGAUCCUAAGAUGUGGGAGAAGGACCCGUUGGACAGAAUCCGUGCCCGUUUCUAAUGGCAAAACUUCAGGCUCUUUUUUUUUUUCCCCACUAGGGCUCUUCGGUACUCUGCGCUGUCGUUUCCAUUUUCUGUUUUAUCUUAACCCCCAAGUGCCACAACUGUUAUCAGGUUGAAUUUUUGCCACUUGGCCUAAAUUAUGGAUCACGUGCACUAGACUUUGUUGACAAAAACACAUCAGGCGUCAGGCGAUGCCUCUCACAGACACAAGUAGUUUAUGCAGGCUUGUUGCCAUUGCACUGUCAGAAGGUUAAAACAAUACGAACAGAAAACAGAGCCCAGUUGUUUUGAACACCUGCAGAUGUUCUCUAUUUCUGUUUCUCAUUCUGGCACACAGUGUACAGUAAAACUAGUACUGUGCACCAGAAAAGGUGGUAACAAAACCUAAUACAGCUCCGUAAGUACCGGGUACAAACCAGGUACCUACAGGCUGUUUAAUGAAGUUACUCGUUUCCCUGUACUUAUUAGGCAUGAACCAGGUGUGUACCAGGUAGUUAUUUGGUACUUACCAGGGACCUCUUAACUUCUCAGAUAUUUAUGAAGAACAUACUGGGUAAUUACUAGGUACUUACCGUUACGUAUCCGUUACCCAUCUUAUAAUUAUGUACUUGGCAUGUAGAUAUCUGAUUCCUACCUAGUAUGCAUAUACUGAGUACCUACAGGCAUAAGGCUGAGAGUGACGUGUUACCUAGUACUUACCAGGCUGUAUUCUGUAUUGCUACCAAAAAGCCUGGUCCUCCACCCCACACGUGUGUAUGUGCUAUGUUGAUUCAUCAGAAGGUUGUAUAGAAUGUUUCUCAGAAGCUGCACUUGUCAUAUUCCCUGCUUGUGUAUUUUAAGAGAUGUUAUUUGUAAACGUUACUUGAGUCCUCUUUUUAAAUUGUCCUGAAAUGGUCUGGCUUUAAAUAAAGUUGUAACAUUUGGAUUUAUAUAAGAAUGAUGGAAUAAAAUCAAAAUGCACAUUACAUCAACCAC